GUCCAACUCUCACAUCCAUACAUGACCACAGGAAAAACCAUAGCCUUGACUAGACGGACCUUUGUUGGCAAAGUAAUGUCUCUGCUUUUGAAUAUGUAAAAUCCUUACAUUUUUAGCAGUGCUUACUGGGCAAUGUAAAGGACUGAAUAGACACUGUGAUGAAACUUCACAAACCAGAUGGGAAAGAUGCAUUAAUUGUCACAGGGUACAGGAUACGGUGCAAUUAAAAGAAAAUGGUCAGAUUUAACCAAAAUUUUGCAUGAAUUUUGGCAUUUAAAACUGUCUUCCUAUUCUGUACAUACUAUAGACACACAUUGCAUUUUAUAGUAACAGUGUUAGCACAGCCAAGCGACACAAUUCACUUAAGCUUGCACUAUGGAAAUUUAUCUGGCUUUCAAGUUUCUCCACUUAAAAAAUGGGCGCAACCAAAGGACGAAUAAUAAAUGGGCAACAGUGUGAAAGGCAACAAAUCAUUGGCAAACAAUUACAAGGCCAGUACUGAGACCAAUUUAGGGAGGACGUGGUUGGAGACAAACGUAGGUUCAAAGGCUACGUGCUGCACCUCCCUGGGAUGGAGGCAGGGCUCCCUUGGGCCCUAAAACUUGACUGGCGUUGGGUAAAAAUCUGGCUCCCCGCCACCUCACGAGAUACUCUCCCGGCCGAGCCAAGAUGGCGCGCAGCCCCAAGUGGCUCCACGUCACGAGGGAGGGAGCGCCGGGGCGGGGGCGUGGCCUCGAGGGGGCCGGCUAGCCCCGCCCUUGAGGUGGGGCCGGGGGCCGUCCGCAGAAGGCGAGGGCGGGGCGCUUCGGCUCGGGAAGGCUGCGGCUGCCUCGGCGCCGGCUCCGCUCGCGAGGACAAGUCCGGCGCCUCCAGGCCGGGCCGGCUUCCUGCGCAGAGCCAAGCUGCCCGGCCUUCGGAGUUUACCACCUUAACCCGGGAGCUGAGUAUGUGUCGGGAGCAGCUUCUAGAGAGGGAGGAAGAGAUAUCAGAGCUGAAAGCAGAGCGGAAUAACACGAGGUUGCUUCUGGAACAUCUGGAGUGCCUGGUGUCCCGCCAUGAGCGGUCACUGAGGAUGACUGUGGUGAAGCGUCAGGCCCAGUCACCCUCAGGGGUCUCCAGUGAGGUGGAGGUGCUGAAGGCUCUCAAGUCACUGUUUGAGCACCACAAGGCCCUGGAUGAGAAGGUGCGAGAGCGGCUCCGGGUGGCCCUCGAGAGAGUGACCACUUUGGAGGAACAGCUGGCGUGUGCCCACCAGCAGGUGUCUUCCCUACAGCAGGGGUCAGGGGUUCGGGAUGGAGUGGCCGAAGAGGAGGGGACUGUGGAGCUGGGAUCAAAAGGCCUGUGGAAGGAGGACACAGGCCAGGUUGAGGAGCUGCAGGAGCUUCUGGAGAAGCAGAACUUUGAGUUGAGCCAGGCCCGGGAGCGACUGGUCACCCUGACAGCAACUGUGGCUGAACUGGAGGAGGACCUGGGCACAGCCCGCCGGGACCUCAUCAAGUCGGAGGAACUGAGCAGCAAACACCAGCGGGACCUCCGGGAAGCUCUAGCCCAGAAAGAGGACAUGGAGGAGCGGAUCACCACCCUGGAGAAGCGCUACCUGGCUGCUCAGCGUGAGGCUACAUCAAUACAUGACCUCAAUGACAAACUGGAGAACGAGCUAGCCAAUAGGGAAUCCUUGCAUCGCCAGUGUGAGGAGAAAGCCCGAUAUCUGCAGGAGCUACUGGAGGUAGCCGAGCAGAAACUUCAGCAGACAAUGCGCAAGGCCGAGACGCUGCCAGAGGUGGAGGCUGAGCUGGCCCAAAGAGUUGCGGCCCUCACCAAGGCUGAAGAGCGACAUGGCAACACUGAGGAGCACCUCCGACAGCUGGAGGGACAGCUGGAGGAGAAGAACCAAGAGCUGGCGCGGGUGCGCCAGCGGGAGAGGAUGAAUGAAGCCCACAACAAGCGCCUGUCAGACACUGUGGACCGGCUGCUUAUCGAGGCGAAGGAGCGCCUGCAGCUCCACCUCAGGGAGCGCAUGGUGGCCCUGGAGGAGAAGAACACGUUGAUCCAAGAGCUGGAGACCUCCCAGCGGCAGAUUGAAGAGCAGCACCAUCACAAGGGCCGCCUGUCUGAAGAGAUUGAGAAACUGCGCCAAGAGGUGGACCAACUGAAGGGUCGAGGAGGACCAUUUGUGGAUGGCAUCCACUCCAGGGCGUACACGGGCAGUGCAACGGAUGUGCGGUUCUCCCUGAGCACAACUGCCCACACAUCUCAAGGUCUGCGUCGUUGUUACUCAGCACGGCGGGAACCGCCUGCCAAGGACUGGGAGCCAUCUCCACGGCCUGCGGUGCUGGUCCCGACAACCACCCCUGCCUUUGACAGUGACCAUGAGAUCUCUGAUGUGGAUGAGGAUGAACCAGGGGGUCUGGUGGGCUCCAUGGACAUUGUCUCCCCCAGCAGCCACUCAGACGCCCAGACCCUGGCCAUGAUGCUGCAGGAGCAGCUGGAUGCUAUCAACGAGGAGAUCAGGAUGAUCCAGGAAGAGAAGGAGUCCACAGAGCUCCGUGCUGAGGAGCUGGAAACUCGAGUGACUAGUGGCAGCAUGGAGGCCCUAGACCUGACCCAGCUGCACAAACGCGGUUCCAUCCCCACCUCUCUGACCGCCCUGUCCCUGGCCAGCGCGUCCCCUCCACUUAGCGGCCGUGCCACACCUAAGCUCACCUCCCGCAGUGCUGCCCAGGACCUGGAUCGGAUGGGGGUCAUGACCUUGCCCAGUGACUUAAGAAAGCAUAGGAGGAAGCUGCUGUCACCAGUGUCUUGGGAAGAGAACCGAGAGGAUAAAGCCACCAUAAAAUGUGAGACUUCCCCUCCUUCCUCACCCAGGACACUGCAGCUAGAGAAGCUUGGCCUCCCUGCCCUGAGCCAGGAAGAAGGCAAGAGUGCUUUGGAGGAUCCAGGCAGCAACCCCAGCAGCAGCAACAGCAGCCAGGACUCCUUGCACAAGGGUGCCAAGCGCAAGGGCAUCAAAUCAUCCAUCGGCCGCCUGUUUGGGAAGAAGGAGAAAGGCAGGCUGAUCCAGCCGAGCCGGGAUGGACCCACAGGCCAUGUUGUACUACUAACAGACUCUGAGCUCGGUCUGCAGGAGCCCAUGGUGCCUGGCAAGCUGGGAACCCAGGCAGAAAAGGACCGGAGGCUGAAGAAGAAACACCAGCUGCUUGAAGAUGCCCGGAGAAAAGGAAUGCCCUUUGCCCAGUGGGACGGCCCUACUGUGGUCUCCUGGCUAGAGCUCUGGGUGGGGAUGCCUGCUUGGUAUGUGGCAGCCUGCCGGGCCAACGUCAAGAGUGGCGCCAUCAUGUCAGCCCUAUCGGACACAGAGAUCCAGCGAGAAAUUGGCAUCAGCAAUGCCCUGCACCGGCUCAAGCUCCGGCUGGCCAUCCAGGAGAUGGUGUCGCUGACCAGCCCCUCUGCCCCGCCCACCUCCAGGACUUCUUCUGGGAAUGUCUGGGUCACCCACGAAGAGAUGGAAACUCUGGCAACAUCCACUAAAACAGACAGUGAGGAGGGCAGCUGGGCUCAGACCCUGGUCUAUGGGGAUAUGAACCACGAGUGGAUUGGGAACCAGUGGCUCCCCAGCCUGGGGCUCCCCCAGUACCGCAGCUACUUCAUGGAGUGCCUCGUGGACGCUCGCAUGCUGGAUCACCUCACCAAGAAGGACUUGCGGGUCCACCUGAAGAUGGUGGACAGCUCCCACCGAACCAGUCUUCAGUAUGGCAUCAUGUGCCUGAAGAGGCUGAAUUAUGACCGGAAGGAGCUGGAGAAGCGGCGGGAGGAGAGCCAGCAUGAGAUCAAGGAUGUGCUGGUCUGGACCAAUGACCAGGUAGUUCAUUGGGUCCAGUCUAUUGGGCUCCGAGACUACGCAGGAAACCUCUAUGAGAGUGGUGUGCAUGGCGCUUUGCUGGCCCUGGAUGAGAACUUUGACCACAACACACUGGCCCUGGUUCUCCAGAUACCCACACAAAAUACCCAGGCACGCCAAGUGUUGGAGAGAGAGUUCAACAACCUGUUGGCUUUGGGCACAGACCGGAAGCUGGAUGAUGGGGAAGACAAGGCGCUACGCCGCGCGCCCUCCUGGAGGAAACGCUUCCGCCCGCGGGACCCCCACGGCCGCGCCUCGCUCAGCGCCGCGGCCGACACGCUCCCGGCAACCUUCCGCGCGUCCACCGUGGGGCCCGUGCCGCCUCCAGCAUCCCCGCGGAAGAAGAUCACGCCUGAAGGUCUGGACCGCUCACUCCACCGGAGACCAGGGUGCAGAACCAAGGGCUGGGGUGGCCCUUCCAAAGAAAGGGCGCUUCAGACUUCCUUGCUUGGGUUAUUGGGCCUUCUGGUUUCUGUCCGUCUCUUGGUUGCACUAGAUGGUCUACGUCUGCUUUUGGCAUCCCCCCUCCCGCCAUUUUCUCUCCCCCGACUCAUCCGCACCUUGUAGCUGCUGCCACACCUUCAGGACCUCUUUGGGGGCUGGGAGAUGUAGACGGCCUCAUUCUUUCUCAGGAUGAUGAACCUGGGAAGAAGGGAGGCUCAGGUGGAGAUUCUAGGCCCUGGUUUAAGUUGAAUCCCAAACGUCAAGCAUAAGCGUGGGGAAAUUCAGCCCUCCUGCCCAGUGAGAGGUUGCAGGCAGGUCAGCUAGAGGGAGAGCUGAUGUCCUGCGGUAGCUCUAAGCCCAAGUAGCAGUGGGAAUUACCUCCUGCCCCAGCUAUAGGGUAGAGCUGCUGCUGGUCUGGAAGGAGAAGGAUCUUGGCUCUGGGGCAGAACAGAGCUAACCAUGCACUGCGAGCUGUGCUCCCAGUAUUUCUUCCCUUGCUGUCCUCCUCUGGCCCACUUCUUUGAUAACCCCAGCCCUACAAAAAUGUACCUAAUGAGUGGAUUGAGUAUAUAUUAAUACACUGACCUUAAAAUCUGGUUUGGGAAAAAGGUAAUCUGAGGCUUCCUUCCCCUGAUCUCCUAGCAAGAAAAUAAAGCUUCCCCUUUAGUGAAUCAUGUCCUAGGUCUAGGAAAUCCAGUGUUGUUGAAGACUGUCAUUCACCUGCUUGUCCCCAAACGGUCACUCUUUGUUCAAGGUGCUUUUGGUGUUUAGGAGCUGCCUCCAGAAAUUCCUGAGACCUGCCCAGUUUCCGUUGGUUUCCCCAACAGCGUGGUUGCGUCUAGGCUUGAAGGAUAUAGAUCCUGGUUUGGUAGGAAUGUCAUUUCCAAUAAAUUCUCCUUCAUCCACAUACUUCUCCUGCCAAGGUGUUUGGAAGUGUUUGGAACCCAAGUUUAGGGUGAGUUGAUGGAACCCAGAGCUUCUCCUAGUGAGAAGAGAGGAAACGUACCUGGGGCAUGUUACCUGGAGAGGGGCCAGUGCAGUGCCAACCUUCAGGGGGCUGAGCAACUAGUUUGCAAGCUGAUUUGGGUCUGAGUAGGGGCUAGGCUAGCAGGUCAGAUGAAGGGUCAGAGAAUCCCGUCUAGAAGGAGUGAUGGAGCCUGGGGCAGUGCCACACUUAACAGCCUUCUGCUGCAGAGUGGUGGGGCUGGGUGGGCUUCCAUGUGUCUGGACAAGAUAUUCACCUGCCCUUCCUGUCUGUCAGGCCACUGGCAAUGGAGCUGGAGGAGUUCUUGAGCAGAAAACGAGUCAGAUGGAGAGAAAGAGCCCCUGUCUCUGGGUAAUGGAUGUUAAGAUUAUGGAGGAGCCCCAGAUUCCUGUGAUUGAUGAACUCACAGUCAGAGACCAUAAGGCCAUCUGAUUCCAUCAGGGAACUCUGAUGGGCUAGCUAAGUGGGAAAUUCAGUCCCAUCUUCUCCUCUGCAACUUAACCCUAUCUUAAUUGGUUAUAUCAUAAGGCAGCAGUUAGCAGGAUCCAGUUCUGUUCAGGGUAUCCUGGGAGGUAUUUCAGUGAGGUUAUGCAUACAGUGAUGGAAGAUUCUUGUCUUGGUGUAUCUUCUGCCUUACCAUCAAUAUACUUUUUAUCUGGAGAGUCACCAGUGACCCAUACCCUCCCCCAUCCCCCUGUCAGCUUUCUGUGUCUUAUCAGGUCCCUUUUCAGCACUGUACUGGCUCAGUGCAUCAAGAAUGGGCGGAUGGGUGUGUAUGAGUGUUGAGUGUGGGUGUGUAUAUACCAAUAAAUAAACUGGUCUUGAGACAACAUA